GUUGCGACGUGCCGCAGUGAGCGUCCCGACGCCGAUGACGCAGGUUUCCCGAGAAAAUUGACUUCCGUUCGAGCGCGAAAUCCGCGAACCCCUGACAAGUGAUCAUUAACUCAAGCCAUUAUUCUCGUGUGAGAUGUUAGAUGGAUGCUGAUGGUCAUUUUCGGGUGACGCUGUCCGUCAGGAAGGAGCCUGGAGCCGGUCCCGUCUUCUGCAAGAUGGAGACCUCAGCGAGAUUCAGACAGCUGAAGACAGUGAAACUCAGCUGCGAGUCCACGUACAGACUGGACAUCAGCUUCAAACCCCCGCAACUGUUGCAAUCCCUCAGCAUUGGUGGAAAACCAGUUGAGGCGAUAGAACGUGCGCGUGACGGCACAGCUUGCGCUUACAGCGCGUAUUACAGCACAAAGGACGUGACACCGUGCACACGUGGCCAUCGCGAGGAGUUACCGAUUGCAAUGCGGGUCCUGGCCUCUGGCUACCUCACCACCUGCCUCCAGAUCAAGUAUUACAAGCCCGACGACCACAGCCACUGCGAAUGGGGCUCGAGAUUGCACUGCAUCGAGCUCGACUGCUCGAGUGUCGAGGGCAGGCUGGUUACAGUGGACAAGGAGACAUAUCGGAAACUCGGAAUCGAGUCUUAGCAUUUGGUGAAUGAGCCUCUGACACCAGAGUCCGGUGACAAGAUCUUUAUGUUUGAAAAUCAGUGGUGGAAGUUCACUUGAGCGUCACGUUCUCUGUUUUUCUUCGAGCUUUUCGGCUGCUCCGCUGCGGAUUGGGGAUCGUGUCGAUGAUAAUUUGGCCGAAAAAUAAUUACUAUUGUACUGAAUUUCACGGUGUGUGAGCAAAUAUCAAUUUUGGUGGAAUGAGGAAUUGUAAAUGUUGUAUUUUAUGGAGGUACAAAUUUUAGGGAAAUUGUCUUGUGAAUAUCUCGGCAACGAGUGGGUUUAGAGAAAAAUGUCACUAAACAUUUUUUGCAGAGAAUUUCAUAAGCUACAAAAAACAAUUGUCACUUUUUCCUUUAAGUCUGAGAUUUUUCGAGAUAUUCACGAAAUACUCUACAUCGAAUGUUUUGAAUGUUCAAAUAUAACUGUAAAACACUCGCAAUUGUCUGAAAAACUGGGGCAUUCGACGAUAACUCGAACGGAAAUUCAUUAUUGUUGAAUUGAAUUUCUUAAGGUGUGACAAAAUAUGAAUUUUGUUGGAAUGAAGAAUUAAAAAUGUUGUAUUUUAUGGAUGUAAAAAUUUUAGGGCGAUUGUCUUGUGAAUAUCUCGGCAACGAGUGGGUUUAGAGAAAAAUGUCACUGAACAUUUUUUGCAGAGAAUUUCAUCAGCUACAAAAAAAUAAUUGUCACUUUUUCCUCUAAAACCAAUAGUUUACGAGAUACUCCCUAAAUACUCCAAAUCGAAUGUUUUGAAUGUUCAAACGCGACUGUAAAACACGCGCUGAUUAAUUCGUAAUUGUCUGAAAAACUGGUGCAUUCAGCGGGAAAUGUCAUGAGACAUUUUCCUCUGAUAUAUAAGAAGAAUCCGGAAUUUUCUAUACCUCAAUUUUCCUCGUUUCCUGAUCCCGUAUCUCUCCUACGCCAUUACUCUCGUUCAAUCGAUGUCAAUACAUUUCACAUCGACUGACUUGAAACUGAUCACCUACUGAUCUCUUCGACGAUAAUUCGAGGAGAAACUCAUAAUUAUCGAAUUGAAUUUCAUGACGUGUGAUAAAAUAUGAAUUUUGUUGGAAUGAGGAAUUAAAAAUGUAUUUUGUGGAUGUAAAAAUUUUGAGAUUGUCGUGUGAAUAUCUCGGCAACGAGUGGGUUUGGAAAAAAAUGUCACAAAACAUUUUUUAUAGAGAAUUUCAUAAGCUACAAAAAAGCUCUAUCACUUUUCCCUCUAAAACCAAUAGUUUUCGAGAUACUCCCGAAAUACUCCAAAUCGAAUGUUUUGAAUGUUUAAACACAAGUGUAAAACACUCGCUAAUUAAUCCGUAAUUGUCUGAAACACUGGUGCAUUCAGCGAAAAAUGUCACGCGGCAUUUUCCCCUGAUAUAUAAAAACAAUCCGGAAUUUUCUAUACCUCAAUUUUUCUCCCGUUCGCUGAUUGCAUCUCUCUCCUACGCUAUUACUGUCGUUCAAUCGAUGUGAAUACAUUUCCCCUCGGUAUUUUCAUUUCCCCGUGACAUAUGUAUCUUGUACAUAUUUCGAUAACGUCAUCUCCAACGAGUAUACAAGGAAUACCACUGAUAUUCUCGGUGAACAUUUCGGUCUCCUGCGCAACCCAAUUUACUCUAAGAAAUAGCAGAUACGAAUUUAGGUAUUUCGUGUUCGCCAUUAUCAUACGUCAAUACAUGAACGUAAUGAACAUAUCGAUGUUGAUCACUUGGAUGAGGUUGAGUCAAUUGACAUGAUGUGUGGAGAGCAUUCGAUGGAUGAUGUCAUGCAGAUCUGUACCAUUUUGUCGCGUCUCCAUUGAGGGGAAGUGCCUCCGGUGAAUUUUUUUUUUCGGUUUUCAAGAAUAAAAAAUUAAAAGAUACUAUUUUCCACGCGAUUUUACAAAAUUUUUUCCCGAGACGAACCUCACCUUAAAUUCAAUAUAAAUUUAAAGUCACUUUGCAAUUUAUUAUGUUUUAUUAAUAUUUCAAUUUGUUCAUUCAUUCGAAAAGAAGAAAAACAUGUCAAGUCCAUCCACGACAUCUCCCUCAUUAAUUUCUAUACCCAUGACAUCCUCCAUGGAACUCAUACCAGAAUUAAUCAAUUAGUCACUCGCUUGUAGCGCUGAUGAGCGAGCCGACCACCUAGUGCCUCUUUUCAUGCUUAAAAAUAAUUUUUGUAAAUCAAGAAGGAAAAACAAUACUGAAUAAGAAAUAUCGUUUGUAUUUUUUGUAUUUAUUAUGUUUAUAAACAGGGAUACACUCGCCAUAUUUCAUCAGUAUUUACACAUAUUCAAGUGAGAUGUGAAUACGUAAAUAAAGUAAUGUACAUUUCGGUAUUGAAAU